AUGGUUCUGAUAACAGCGGCCUCAGCAGCAGCAGCACAAGCAGUAGCAGCAGGACGACCAGCAGAUGAUUACAUCGCACUAGAAACAAGAGAUGCAUCACCAGCACAUUUUUUGUUCAAGAUUGAGUCGUGCUCGUUGCUUCAAAACUGUGGGAUUGAUAAAUACGAAACAAAUGAUUUUGUGGCUGGAGAACACAAGUGGAAAUUAAUAAUUUGUCCUAAUGGAGAGGACAAAGAAAAAGAGAGCGACUAUAUUUCUAUAUACUUGGCUAUGGGGGACACAAGUUCUAUGCCUGCAAACUGGGAGGUCAAUGCUGUGUUUAGCAUCUUUCUUUACAAUCAAAUUCAUGACAACUACCUUUAUUCAUUAGGAAUAACAAGACGUUUCCUAGGAGUGAAGCCCCAAUGGGGCUUUUCCAAAUUCAUCUCUAAAAAGUUUUUGACUGAUCCAUCGAACGGUUACCUAGUCGAUGACAAUUGUGUGUUUGGUGCUGAGGUUUCUGUUGUUAAAAAGGAAGCUUUCGCAAUUGAAUGUUUGUCUUUGAAGAAUUUUGAAAUUCCUUACAAGCGUGAUUGGAUGAUUCCAAACUUCUCCGAAAUCCGAGAGUUUUGGAAAUCUGAAGAAUUCAGUGCUGGAGGCCACAAAUGGGCUGUUCAGCUUUAUCCUAAAGGACGUGGAGACGCAUCUGGCCGCCAUGUCUCUAUCUUUUUGUACUAUUAUGGUUCCAAUACUGGUACGCCUUCUGAAAGAGUACAGGCACGUCGGACCAUAUGCAUCAAAAACCAGCUUCAUGAUAAACAUGAUAAAUAUACUAGUACUGUGUGGUAUGUCGGUUCCAAAGAUAAUUGGGGAUUUACUACAUCCAUGGAGAUUGCAACUAUAAAUGAUCCUAAAAAAGGAUUCAUUGUGAAUGACUCUUGUCAUUUAGAAGUGGAGAUCUCUGUGAAAGCUGUUGUGCAAGUUUCUCCCUUGCCAAUUGAAAAAUAAGACUAUUCUUCACUUCAACAAUAUUUUUAGUGAUUUUGUGUAUCGGUUAUUUUGUGUAUUGACAUGUAUAUGAUUCAUGAUACAAUGAUGGUUCAAAAUUUCAAUGUAAUAAGAUGUUCGCAUUCUAUUAAGCUCUAAUACAACCUACCGACUUAGUGUUUGUUAGUUCAAUAUCAAAUGAUCACAUCUAUUAAUGA